UCAUGAGAGCGAGUUAAGAAAAGUAUGUGUGUGAGAAACAGAGAAAGAGAGAGAGAGAGAGAGAGAAAGAGAGAGAGGGGAACUGGACUGCAUUCACUGCUUCUUUCUCUGCCUAACUGUGUGCCUGUAAUCAAAUUAUCCAAUAAUUCAGGAGCCAUGCCUCGUGGGGACUUCACUGUUCAUUUUGCAAGCAGAGGACAUGGCACCUUCAUCAGAGCAGAGGAGGCUGCUGGCAUUGCUUUCCUGGCAAUUGUCCUUACGGCUCUGUUCAUUCUGGGCUGCUGGUACUACCGCAAACGCAGCGGGUAUAGAAUGAUCCAGCACUCCAGAGGCCCAAGUCUAUCCUGGAGGGAACUUGUGAGAUCUGGACAGUACAGUGAACUAGGGGCAGCAGGCGAUAAUAAAAUGGCCCUUAAUGAAUUUAGCAACGGCCAAUCCGUGUUCCCGAAUGCCCCGCCAGCCUAUGAGAAGAUCGCCACUGGACCAUCACCACCACCUUACUCACCCUAAAGAACAAUAAUACAAUCAAUCUUAUUAUUUUUAA